AUGUCAAAUAAUUAUCAUCAGAAUCAACAUCCUCCUCCUCCUCAUGAUCAUCAUCCACCUCAUCAUCCGCCGGCACUCAACCAUCAUCAACAACAACAACAACAACAUCAAAUGGGUCCAUAUCCAAUGCAAAUCAUUAAUCAACAGCAACAGCAACAACAGUACUAUCAACAACCACAACAAAUGAACCAGCACCAAUUUACAGCCGUCAUUCAUCAACAACAAAAUACUUUCACUGUUCCCCAUGGUAUUCCUCCUCAAUCUCAUCACCAUCAGCAACAUCAACAACAGGUUAAUCAAAACUAUCCUUUACCUCCUCCUCAAGCUAUAAUAUCAAAUAUCAAAGAUAUUCCUAAUCCCAUAUCAGCUUCAACUACUCCUAUCAAAUCCAGUCCUACUAAAUCAAACAAUAAGUCAGCAUCGCAAUUAAAAACUCCUAAAAAGAAGAGAGGUAGACCUCCAAAACCGAAUUCAUUGGCUCAAAAAAUCACCACCACUUUAAAUAUUAGUAUCAAUACUUCUCCUCUGAACUCCAACCCCGCUGAAUUAAAUUCCAAUCUGAUGGUUAAAAGAGGUGCCCCUGAUGCGUUCACACCAUUGAUGAGAGUAAGUCCUUCAUCAACUCAUACUUCUACUAGAAGAAGAAGAAAAUCUUCAAUUGGCAGUUCGACUUCUGGUUCUCCUCCUAUUAAAAGAUCUAAGUCAUCCAAGAAACUAGCCAACAACACUACCACUGCCAAUGAUCCACCACAUUUGGUUACUCCGUUGUCUUCUUCUUCUGAUGGCCAUUUUCCUACUUCAGAACCUUCCUAUCAAAUAAAUUAUAAGACUUUGGAUAAAUUAUCAAUGGUUACACAAUCUGAAGGGUAUUAUAAUACUCCUCCACCAACUUCUACCAAUCCUUCCUUUUCAACUCCUAGUAGUAGUAGUAAUAAUAAUAACCAACCGCCACCCUUCCCAACCAUGGACCAACCAAAGAGCAGCUCCAUGAGAUCUCCCCAACUUUCCAAAAUUAAUGAAUCUAAACAAGAAUCUACUUCUCCGAGUAGAAAUUUAUUACCUCCUGUUUCAUUAACUUCCAACAAUUCUCAAUUGAAAAGUUCUCCAGUUAAACAAUCUUCUCCGGUAGAAAGUGUUUCUAAAUCUAAUGAUGAAUCAAGCAACAAACCAACAUCAGCAUCAGCAGACAAUUUCCUGUUUAAAUUAACUAUUGAUGAUCUGGGUAAAGCUGUGUUAUCUGGUGAUUUAUUCAAUCCCACAAAAAUUCCUUUGGAACUGGUUCCUUCUCAUCCAGAAUCUCCAAGAGAAUCAGUUCUGCCAAAAUCACCAUCUCUGACUCGUGCAAUUCCUAUAAGUACAGGAACUCCUUUGGUUCAUACAAAUUCUGUUAUUGGAAUAGAAACUUAUAAUUCUGAGAAUAAAUCAAAAGCUCCUUUGAGAAGGCAUAAUUCAGAUAUUACAAAUUUUACUUCAUCUACAAAAGAUUCAAUUCCUUCUUUAUCUUCAAUUAACGAGGCCAUAUCAACCAAUUCAAUUAAUAAUCCUCAAACUCCAAAAGAAACAUAUACUUAUGUUUCAACUGGGUUAACUCCAUUGUUUAAUUUGACUCCUCAAUUCAAUGCAUUGAUGUAUUCUGUGAUGAAUAUAAAUGGCUCUCCACCUCCUUUUAAAAGAGGCAACAAUCCAUUUUUAGUUAAUCAAGAAAUAUUUACUGGUUGUGGUGUAAAUGAAUCCAAUUCUCACCAACCUUCAUCUUCUUCUUCUUCACAAUCACAGCAGUUAGAAGAACUUAUUGAACAACCACAUUUAGAAGGUCAUCAUAACAAUAAUGAACUUUCGUCAGAUUUAUUACCUACUAAAGACCCUCAUCAGUACACCAAGGACAGUAAUACAGAAAUGGUUCAAAAUAAUUAUCUGCUGACUUCAUCUUCAUCUGACGAUUCCGGUGAUGCAAGAUUAGCUUUAAAGAAGAUUAUUCAUGUUAAAAGAAGAUAG